UGCGCCACCUUCUGCAGGUGGAAUAAGAUAUCCGCGAAGAUACUUAAGUGAAGUACUGUCAAGCUGUGGCCAGCCCGUGUCGCCAGUCGAUUGCAAUCAGGUGAAAACAUAGUGCAAUGUCACGUGUACGUGUCUGUCUCUUCGUACUCUUCCUCGUACUCAACAUCACCGUUCAAUUCGGUGAUUGUGAGGAUACAACGAAUAAUGUUAAUUGUGAUGCUGAGGUUUCGCCUGGCUCCGAUAAAACUCGUGUGUUACAUGUAGAAUGGCCAUUGGCGAAGUUGAAGAAAUCCCAAAAAGAAAAUCAAGAACAUACGAAAAACAUAUUUCAGACAUAUUUCAUAAGAAAAGAUUUUAACGCAGAACGUCCCCAGAACGAUAAAGUGUCUGCAAGAUUCAUUAGCAGCAGUGGCGACGAAUCCAGAAACGUGUCUAGUUUCUUCAUCUUUCCAGGAACACUCUGGUGCGGCAAUGGAGAUAGAGCGAAUAACGAUGCCGAUCUCGGCAAAUUCAAUAAAACAGACGCCUGUUGCAGAGCGCAUGAUAAAUGCGAAAACAAUAUACCGUCUGGUGACACAAAACUCAAUCUCAAGAACAAUGGCUUGUUUACGAGAUCUGCUUGCGCUUGCGACAAAGAGUUCUACAAGUGCUUGAAGAAUGCCAAUAGCAUACUCUCCAAAGGGAUCGGAAAAACGUAUUUCAAUAUACUAAACCCACAGUGCUUCAGCUGCGUAUGCCCAGAGAACGGUUGCAACGCUUCUACUAGCAGUUCAGAAUGCAAAGAUCAGUGCCGCAGAUAUCAAUGGAAUGAUAGUCCUCGCUUUUGAGUCAAUGGUCAAAAUAGAAGACGUUCAAACAAUUUGGCAAAAUAAGAUUUCUAAAUGUAAGAUUCUUAAGAUGUAAUCCUACAAUUAUGUAUGCGCUAUAUUAUUCUACUACUCCUAACAUAAGAACUCUUAAAAAAUUC